AUGGCUCUAUCAAGUCAUAAACCAGCAGGCAAAUUCCUCAUUUUAAAACCACAAAUGGAGAAGGAACCUUUACUUGGCUCUGAGGAGCUGCAACAAGGAGAAGAAGCUGCCUCGUUUCUCAAGUUUCUCUCCAAACCUUUCCAAUGCUUCCCUCUGUUGAAGCAACGUAAGCCAACCUAUUCUCGCUUCGAUAUCGCCAUGUCCGAAAGUCAGCCGCUGGACUUUGACCAACUUCCAGACUUACCAUGGAGCAAUGUCAAAGUUACUUCUAGUCUUUCAACCUCUGAAAAGCUUGAAAAAAUUCGGCGCUUGAUGAAAGAGCACUCGAUAGCAGUGUAUUUGGUUCCUAGUGAGGACGAACAUCAAUCAGAAGAAACUGCCCUCUCCGAUAAGAGAAGAGAAUUUCUCUCUGGCUUUACUGGAAGCGCUGGAAUUUGUGUCGUCACAUUGGACGAUCCAUCAACAUUAGAGGGUGAAGCAGCUUUGUCAACUGAUGGUAGGUAUUUCUUGCAGGCUGAAAAACAAUUGGACUUGAAGUAUUGGCGUUUAUUGAAACAAGGUGCUGCAGGGUAUCCCAGCUGGCAGAAGUUUGCCAUUGAGAAGGCGGCGAAAAGCAAGGUGUCCAAUGUGAUUUCUUGUGACCCCAAGUUUCUCAGUCUUGCUUGGGGAGAAUACUUUGAACAGAAUCUGAAGUCAGCAGGUGCCUUGUUCAAGCCUUUGGCAGGUACAAAUUUGGUUGAUAUAGUUUGGGGCUCAGAAAAACCACCUAGGACAAUGGACCCUGUGUAUCACUUACCUUUGGAGUAUUCUGGAGAAAGAACAGAGGCCAAGCUUGCUAGAGUCCGUGACCACCUUAAAGAAGUUGGGGCAACACACAUUGUUAUCAGUGCUUUGGACGAUAUCGGCUGGUUGUUGAAUUUAAGAGCAGACACUGAUAUUCCAUUUUCUCCAUUCUUUUUCAGCUACGUUAUCGUUUCCUUGACGGACGUUACAUUGUAUGCCCAGAAGGAGAAGUUGGUGAACGUUGAUGAAUAUUUGAAGAGUAUACAAGGACUUCUGGUGAAACUGUAUGACUCUUUCUAUCCCGACUUGGGCAAGUUCAAGGCUUCGAUUCACGAUCCGAAUCUCAAAUUGAUUCUUCCUAGCAAAGACGCUUGUAAUUAUGCACUUGUUUCUGCUUUGCCCCAGUCCAUCACCAAGCGCACUAUUGUUUUCGAUUCUGUUGUGGCAACAAUGAAGCUUUUCAAGAACCGGACGGAGUUGAUGAAUGCAAAAAUAGCACAGACGAAAGAUUCGUUGGCUUUUAUCAUUUUUUCUUCUUGGCUAGAACACCAGCUUAUAUACAAAAAGGCAGAGAUUAAUGAGUAUGAAGCUGCUCAGAAAAUCUACUCUAUUAGAUCCAAGUUCCCUCAUUUUAAAGGCUUGUCUUAUGAAACAAUUUCCUCAAGUGGACCCAACGCGGCUAUUAUUCAUUAUGCACCUUCUGCUGAACAGCAUGAUGUAAUUGACCCAAAGGUUCUUCCUUACCUUAUUGAUUCUGGCGGACAUUACUUGGAAGUGGUCGACAGAUAUCACGAGAACAUUUAA